AUGGCUUCAAUAGCCGCAGCGCAAGUACAAGAGGUGCGUUCUAUAACACGUAUCGAAAGAAUUGGCGCGCAUUCCCAUAUAAGAGGACUUGGUCUCGAUGAUUCUCUGGAGCCGAGGGCCGUUUCACAGGGAAUGGUGGGACAAAAGAUGGCCAGGAAAGCCGCUGGUGUCGUCCUACAGAUGAUUCGAGAAGGCAAAAUAGCAGGCAGGGCCGUACUUCUGGCAGGACAGCCUGGAACUGGUAAAACUGCUAUUGCAAUGGGGCUUGCACAGGCAUUAGGCCCUGACACUCCUUUUACGAGUAUGGCAGGUUCGGAGAUAUAUUCCCUGGAAAUGAGCAAGACUGAAGCACUGACACAAGCCAUCAGGAAGUCUAUUGGCAUUAGAAUAAAAGAAGAAUCAGAGAUAAUAGAGGGAGAAGUAGUAGAAGUAGUGAUAGAGAGAGCAGCGGGGACAGGGGGCGCUCGCGUUGGACGUUUGACCUUGAAGACUACCGACAUGGAGACAAAUUAUGAUAUGGGGACUAAAAUGAUAGACUCUCUAUUAAAGGAAAAGGUGCAAGCUGGUGAUGUUAUUACCAUAGACAAGGCGACGGGUAAAAUAAAUAAAUUAGGAAGAAGUUUUGCCCGAGCGAGAGACUAUGAUGCUACAGGUCAGCAAGCCCGCUUCGUCCAAUGUCCUGAAGGAGAGCUGCAGAAGCGAAAAGAGGUAGUUCACACUGUCACACUCCACGAGGUGGACGUCAUCAAUUCCAGGACCCACGGAUUCUUGGCUUUGUUCUCAGGUGACACUGGAGAAAUAAAAUCGGAGAUCAGGGAGCAGAUAAAUAGCAAAGUGGCAGAGUGGAGGGAAGAGGGCAAAGCUGAGAUGAUACCAGGUGUACUUUUUGUUGAUGAGGCCCACAUGCUGGACAUAGAGUGCUUCUCGUUCCUCAACAGAGCCUUGGAGUCGGAAACCGCACCCAUCGUGAUAAUGGCAACCAACCGAGGCAUCACACGUAUCAGAGGCACAAAUUACAAAAGCCCCCAUGGGAUACCCCUGGAUCUUUUAGACAGGAUGAUUAUAGUGCCCACAUCACCGUACUCCCACCAGGAGCUGAAGGAGAUACUGAAUAUCAGAUGCGAGGAAGAAGACUGCCAAAUGUCAGCUGACGCGCUGACUGUCCUCACCCGAGUGGCGACUGAGACCUCACUCCGUUAUGCCAUACAACUGAUCACCACGGCGUCGUUAGUUGCUAAACGGAGGAAAGCCUCAGAAGUCAGCAUGGAGGAUGUGAAGAAAGUGUAUUCUCUAUUCUUGGACGAGCACAGAUCUGAGCAGUUCCUGAAAGAGUACCAAGAUGAGUUCAUGUUCGAUGAUGGAGCAGGAGACGCACCACAAUUGAUGGAAGUAACCCAGUAA